CGUCACCUGCAUGGAUAGACGGUAUUUGGGUUUCCAGCCAACUGAGUGCGGCCGAGUGUUGGAGGGGGUCGGUUAAACGACGCUUUACUUUUGUUCAAAAUACAAACAUUGCUAUCGAGCCAUGUCUCCAUCAGUCCCGCUGCAGGAGAUGAUCCGAGCCAUCAGGUCAGCCAGGACCCAGUGUGAGGAGCGGGGGGUCAUCCAGAGGGAGUGUGCCGCCAUCCGGGCCCAGUUCAGACAAACCGACAACGGCGGGCGGUCGCACAACCUGGCCAAGCUGCUCUACGUGCACAUGCUGGGCUACCCUGCUCACUUUGGUCAGAUGGAGUGCGUUCGGAUGAUCGCCAGCCCGCGCUACAGCGAGAAGCGCGUGGGGUACCUGGGAGCGAUGAUGCUCCUGGACGAGAAGCAGGAUGCGAGCCUGCUCAUCACAAACUCUAUAAAGAACGACUUGUCUCAUAGCAACCAGUACGUGCAGUCUCUGGCUCUGUGCACGCUGGCCUGUAUGGGUUCAGCUGAGAUGUGCAGGGAUCUGGCCCCAGAGAUCGACAGACUGCUACGCUCCUCCAACUCUUACAUAAAGAAAAAGGCUGCUUUAUGUGCCGUUCACAUUGUGAGGAAAGUCCAUGAACUAGGAGAGCUCUUUGUCCCGUCAGCUCGCUCCCUCCUCUCUGAGAAGAACCACGGUGUGUUACAUGGAGCCGUUGUGCUCAUUACUGAACUGUGUGAGCGCAGCCCAGAAACGCUGGAGCGCUUCAGGAAGGCAGUCCCAGAUCUAGUUCAGAUCAUGAAAGGCCUGGUGAUUUCAGGGUAUUCUCCGGACCACGAUGUGGCAGGAGUCAGUGAUCCAUUCCUACAGGUACGCAUCCUAAGGUUGCUGAGGAUCCUCGGUCGGAACAACGAAGCAGCAAGUGACGCCAUGAACGACCUCCUAGCUCAGGUAGCGACCAACACAGACAGUACCAAGACUGUGGGCAACGCUGUGCUCUAUGAAACCGUUCUCUCUGUACUAGACAUAAAGUCAGAGAGCGGCCUCAGAGUUUUGGCUGUAAACAUCCUGGGAAGAUUCCUCCUGAAUAAUGACAGGAACAUUCGAUAUAUUGCCAUGACCUCUCUUCAGAAGAUCGUUUCGACAGACCACAAUGCGGUGCAGCGGCACCGUGGGACCAUUGUAGACUGCCUGAAGGACCAGGAUGCAUCUGUCAAGCGGCGUGCUUUGGAGCUGUCCCUGGCUUUGGUGUCGGCCUCCAACAUCCGCUCCAUGAUGAAGGAACUGCUCAUCUUCCUCUCCUCCUGCCCCCCCGAGCUCAGGGCUCAUGCUGCCAGCGGCAUAUUUAACGCUGCUGAAAGGUAUGCACCUUCCAAACGCUGGCACAUUGACACCAUCCUGCAUGUUCUCACCACGGCAGGGGGCGAUGUCAGAGAUGAAACUGUGCCCAACCUGAUUCAGCUCAUCACCAACACCUCAGAGCUGCACUGCUACACCGUCCACAAGCUCUACCGGGCACUGCUCACCGACAUCUCUCAGCAACCCCUGGUCCAGGUGGCUUGCUGGUGUAUAGGAGAGUAUGGAGACCUGCUGCUGAAAGGAGAGUGUCAGGAGACAGAAGCUGUGCAGGUGACGGAGGACGACGUCCUGGACGCUUUAGAGAUAGUUUUACAGUCGCACAUGUCGACUCCAACGACCAGAGGCUUCGCUCUCACCGCCACCAUGAAACUGAGCACACGCAUCACAGACAAUGUGGAUCGGAUCAGGAGCGUCGUCAGCAUCUACGGAAGCUGCAUAGACGUGGAGCUCCAGCAGAGGGCGGUUGAAUACAAUGCACUCUUCAAGAAGUAUGACCACAUGAGGGCGGCUGUGCUGGAGAGGAUGCCUGUGAUUCAGAAAAACUCUCUGGGUCAAACCAACGGAGAGCUUAGUGAGGAACCCAUCAAGGAGAGCCAACCAGGAAAGGUCAAACAGGAAGAGAUGGCUCUCCCACAACAACCAGCUGGACAGGUGUGUGACCUCUUGGACCUGCUGGGGGGUUCUCAGGAACCUCUGCAGCCCAGCUCAUCAGUCGGUGGCUCAGCAUCAGCACAGCUCACUGCUGCCCCCACCAGCGCUGGAGGAGAUCUCCUGGAUCUGCUGGGUGGGUUCGAGCCCACUCCUCUGGCCCCAGCUCCCACUGUGACGGUGUAUGAGAAAAAUGGUGUGACUUUGACGCUAAGCUGCGAACGACAGUCGGAGUCGGGCCUGACGGUCACGCUCACCGCCUCCAACUCCACCGACUCAGACAUCAGCAGCUUCACCUUGCAAGCUGCGGUGCCCAAGAGUGUGCAGUUACAAAUGAGGGCCCCGAGCAGAGACUCCCUUCCUGCACAUGGUGGCGCUAAACUGACCCAGCUGGUGGUCCUCAACAACCCCAACAAGGUAAACCUGAAAAUGAGGAUCCGUGUGUCCUACACCUGCCAAGGCUCGGUCGUUCAGGACACAGUUCAGGUGGACUCCUUCCCGGGACUCUGAACGCAGCAGGAUCAGGAGGCGUCUCUCCGAGUCCCGUUAGGUUGUUUUCAAACCCGAGAAAUGCGUAUUUCACAGGAAUCCACAGCCACACUGAAGAAAUUAUAUAUUUUUUUCGGUGCUUGUCAGGUAAACAUCACAACGGUGAACAUUUAAGGAUUUGCAGGUAUCAGAGAAAAAAAAUGGGUCAUGUAAAUUGAAAUCAUCACUAUACAAGUUUAAGGAGGGAGUUUGCUUUUUUGUUUUUUUUACCAGUGUUAGGGCCACUUGGAGAAAGUAUUUAUUUACCUGUUUCAAGAUUAAAGUCAAAAGAACCAACUUGAAAUGUUGAGGAAAAGGGUGAAAUCCUGGGGAAUAAAAUUCUAAUCGAAAUAGUUUAACAGCAAAAGAAAAACAAAAAGCUGAUAAAAAAACCCACUGAAUAUAUUUUUAAGGGACACUUCUUAAAAAAUGUUAUGUUGAGAUUGUAAACAAGGGCCAGUGACGGUUCCUCUUUGUGUAAAUGACCUGUACUGACAGCCGUUCAGACAUUUUGCUUUUUUUCCCUUUAAUAUCCUGUUUCCUCUGCUUUUUUUUCUUAACAUUUUAGAUUUGUUCUUGAACAAAAAAUUGACUUUACUGCUGAACUAAAAUGUAAAAAGAAAUGUGUGACCCUAAUACUCUCUUGUAGAUUUGAAUGUUUGUGAACCCUUUUAUUUCUAGAUUCCUGCACAACUUAUUUCAAAACAUAGUUUUUGUUUUUACAAUAUAGUAGUGACAAGAAUUAAACCAAAUUAAUCUAGGUAUACUGAUUAGGUCAUCUCGGCCUAUAACAUGUUUUAAAUUUAAUACUUUCGAUCAUGUCUUUGGGACAGUCUUGCUGCAUCUGGUUCUAAAGAAACAAGGACUGAAGACAUUUUAAAGAGUAACAAAGGAAAAUAUAAAUUAAAAUCCAUGUUUUAUUUAUCUGGGAUACUUAUCUGAUUCUAAAAAAAUCGAAUAUUUUAUUUAAAGAUUCAUUAAUACAGAAAAUUAAUGAGGGUUCACAAACCUUAAAGAGCCACGACCAUUUUAUUGAAAGACUGCUGCUGCAUAGUGUUUUUAUUUUCACCGUUUUUUUUUUGGCUUUUAAUGGCAACUUUUCAUCUUUGCUCCAUAUCAAGAUAUUUGCUUUUAUGCUCUUUGCACUGUCAAGGCAAAACACUAACCAAUGAGUUUUUCACCACUACUUCAAUUUUUAUUUAUUUUUAUUAAAAAGCGAGAUAUAGAAGGGUAGAUUUUAAACACAACCAUAUGAGUUGCCUUUUCUUAUCUCAGAGUUCUUCGAUUAUCCAGGUGUUUUAGCUCCUGACCAUUCCCCUGUGCCUUCUGACACUGUUUUCUUUUUUCAAAACAUUUCCUUCUGAGGCCAAGAUCAUUUAGUUAAGACUUUACAUACCAAACAACACCGCUCCUGGAUGUUAGAAUCUUAUCAAUUGUUUACAGAUGAUUAAAUAAAGCAGGUUUAUUUAUGAAGAUUAUGUACAGCAAAACAUGAAGAAAUUCAGGCACGCCGCUGCCUACCAGAUGUAUAUUUUGGAUAAUAAAUGUCGAAGCACAACCAAGAGUUUUAAAUCCACGGAAACGCCCAGCCUUUUGUUGGGGGACAAAGUGCUACAAAACAAAAAAAAACAAAAGAUGUCGAGAUGAGACCAGCGUGUUUGUGUUAGCUCGGUGACUCAUUUUCAUCUCUGCUUUUAGCGAACUCUAGACGUCACACCACACACACGACUCCACUGUAAAGAGCUGAGAGAAUAUUGAUUGUCUUUGAUUAUUCUGUUUUGUUUUCUAAUUAAAGAAAUUCUCAGGCGUGA